UUUCUUUAUGCAAGAUUUGGCACAAUUUUACAUAUAAUAAUUUGCUAAUUGUUACAAAAUAUAACAAUGUCUCAGUUUUUGGUGUAUAGAGGAGGCAAACUCUCAUUGAUCAAAAAAACCUCAUCUUCUGGAAAAUAUAAGAGCCGUGCAGACUUUUUAUACCAAAGCACCAAGAUUUUCAAGCUCCAUAAUGAUUAAUGAGGAUCUUGCGAAACAAAAAUACUCAGAUCUCCCAAUGCAAAGUAUCCAAGAGGCUCAGCCUCAGAAAAAGAGGAGGAAUAAACGCCAUGAGUACAAGAAGAGUCGACAUUUCAAGUCUUGCAACGAUCAAGCUAGCAAGCCUAUUUCCCCAUCUAUUUUCUUCGUUGUUUCCAAAAGUAAAAAGCUAUCAAAGAAGAAACAAUUGUGAAAUAAUAAGAAGUCUACUUCAAUAAAGAAGGUCAACCUUACUGAUGUUUUUAAGACAGUCAUGGCUAGAAAGAAUGGGCUGAACGAUAUCAAUUCUUUAAAAAUAGAUACAAAGAACCUUCACUCUCGAGGUCUUUGUUCUCCCAAAAUUACAGAAUACACCAUUGAUGGGCGGCCAAGCAUGCUUCUUAGCCCAUCUACCAUGAUGAAGAACCGGAGAAGGAUCAAGAGUCCAGACCAAAGGAUUAAGUUAAAAAUUGAAGAAGAGAGAUCAUUCACGGCUAAAGGCUGCAAACGGGUUAAAAGAGUUGAGAAUAUAAGAUCGUUAAACAAGGAACCGGAUGUCGCUAACUUCUCUGAAAAGGAGCUAUAUACCCAAUUUGUUCCCAGAGGUAACAGGAAGUCGAUGACUUAAGAAAUAUUUCUUAUAAUUCGUAGUGAAUAAUCUCCUCG